CUGUUCACUGGGCUAACUAAAGUCCAUCAACAAGCUAGUUAGCAGUGAGCGAUAUGAUGGACGCUACCAGUGAUGCCAGAGCAAAAAGAAAACAUGGACUAGCUAAAUGAGGUUUAUUCUGGCACAUUGACAAUCAAUAUCUAGCGGAGGACCGUUUCAGAUAGUUGUAAUUAGCUGCUUCAUUCAUGCGGUCGCUGGUCCUCCGUGGAGUUUGAGCUCUGAGUGGCGGUAAGCUCAGUUACCAGCUCGCUGAGACAACUGGGACAACACGGCUCACUCACCGAGCAGGAGCAUGGUGGUCCCGGACAGUGCCAGCGUGGUCCCCCAGGCUGACAAUGGCAGUCCAACUGGCCUCAUGGAGAGCUCCGAGCCCGGGUGUGAGGAGAAGGAAGAGGUGGAUCAGGACCUGGCAGGGGUGGAGCUUGAGGAGGUCCGAAAGCUGCAGGAGCUUGUUCGUAGGUUGGAGGUCCAGAAUGAGACCCUGCGCAACAGAGGGAGCAAGACUAUCAUUCACAGAGGGGCCAGCAGCAACAGCAACCUCACAGCUGCUGGCAAUAUCAACGAGAGACUGACUUGUGACGAGGUGACCAACUCCCACCUCAGAUUGGAGCACAGCGACAAGCUGGGCAGCACAGACUUUGAGCUGUCACCCACUCAGGGCAGCAGCAGUGGUGAAGACAUGUCUCCUCUGCCAGUGGCCAACAGGCUGGAGGAAGAGGAUGAUGAUGAAGAAGAGGUAGAUGAGGAGGAUCAUGGUCCAUGUGGAGGCUUUCUCACCUUGACCUGCAGCAACGGCGCAGGGCAGUCCCAGACCCCAGAGAGCCCCUCUCAAGAAAGUUAUGAGUCAGAGACACUUGCAGAGAGCGACUCAGGGGUGGACCAAACUGCACUGGAUGAGGUGGAUGUCCUAGAUUUGGAGGAUGAGUGUGCAGAAGUAGAGGAUGACGACAGUUGGUUGUAUGUGUCUCCAAAAAAGCAAGUAGCAGAUCAAGGCCCAGAGUCUCCAUUGAAGUGGUGUCGGCAGGCUCUUGACCAUCGCAGCCCAGAGACAGAAAUAGCUUGUCGGACCCUGAUCAACCGCUUGGACCAGACAUCUCGGUGGAGGAACAUGUACAGUAGCCCAUCAGCAGAGGCAGGCUCGGCAGGCUCAGGCCUGAUCUCUCCUGGGUACCACAAAUCAACUAACAAAUCCCUACUAACCUGUGGCAGCUCAGCAGGUGUCACAACCAUGCAUUCAGCCCUGAGCUCGCAGUCCUCCAUAGACAGCGAGCUCAGCACAUCAGAUGACUCAAUCUCUAUGGGCUACAAGCUGCAGGAUCUCACUGAUGUGCAGAUCAUGGCUCGCCUGCAGGAAGAGAGUCUGAGGCAGGAUUAUGCUUCCAGCUCAGCAUCUGCAUCGCGCCGCAGUUCCACGGCCUCUCUUCAGUCCCUGCGCCGGGGUGGCACCUACAGCGAUCAAGAAUUCGACAGCUACAGCCUGGAGGACGAAGAGGAUGAGUUCUGCUCCAUGCCCCAACGACGACAUCGCUUCACACCCUCACCCUUAGGCUCACCCAGGUGCCUGUCUCCCUCCACCUCCAACCACGGUCAGGAAUACAGCAGCCGACUCGGGGCCCCACGCACAAGAGCACCCAGACGAUCUCUUCAGGGCCCCAGUGCAGAGCUGCUGAAAUUUGCCAAGAGUGAAGAAGAGUUGAGGCACAGCAUGCCUAAUCUGGCCCCCCGCACCAGCCUACGUUCCCUGGAAGCAGUCAGAAACAGCCGCAGCAUGGAGGCUAACCUCCAGAGCUCUGGCAACCGCAUGUCCCAUCUGACUCACUCCCCCUCCACAGGUAUGGCUUGUAGUCGAAUGCGUAGCAGUGGCCAGUCACCUCUCUCCCUGCGCACUCCAGUUAAAGCCGUCACUCCUGUGGGCUCCAUGGCAGCUGGUCGUCAGCCUUCAAGAGGUCUGCCCGUUGUCCAAACAGCGCCCGCAGGAGGGGGCCGCAGGGUCCAGUCCCCAGGCUCUGCCAAUGGUGGAGCCUACAUACCUGGGAGAGCCUCCACUGGGGCGGGGCGGGCUGGCGUGGGCCGAGGACAGGCAUCUACAAGGAGUAAACUUUCACAGCCCUCCAGGAGGUCUUUGGGCAUGACCAAAAUAUCAGAUGAAUCCUGGAAAGAUGGGUGCUACUGAGUCUGGUUGGUGAUGAAGGAUGUUCACUGCUGCAACCCUCACCUGAAAUCUCCCCAAUACCUCUCAUAGUACAAAGAACACAGCCACUGUGUCCACAGACGUGUCGUACAACCUUUCGGUCUCCCAUUUCAGACUGGAGCGCUGGGCUGCACUGGAAUCGUAGUCAUCCCUUUCCCUCGCAUGAAACAUUGUCAACCCACACAGAGAAGCUGUGUAGGCAAACAAGAAGGCACACAUGCACACUCCACUUGUGAUAUGGACCAACUCUGAGCUUCCAGAAGAUUUGUUUGUGUCAAUUUUACUUAUUUUUCUAUGGUAAUUGUGAGAAACUGCUGGAAUACUAAGGGUUGUAUUACUAUUCUGUUGAUGUAAUUGAUAUGAAGACAUUUUAAAUGAAGAUAUUGGUGGUUUGUUCAUUUUCUGUGUGAAUUCCUACUAGAUGAAGGUGCUGAGUGUUGCAUGCUUGUUUUGUUUUUUUUCUCCUUAUCAUCAUCGUGUUAACUGCAAAAUGACAAAUCUUCCAUGUGUCCCACAAUGAUUUUUGUGUGAAUUUAUGAAUGUUUGAUUGGUUCAUUGUGAAACUAUCUUUAGAUUUGUGUUGUAUUUGUGUUUUGCUCUUUGCUUACACAGCAAUGCAACUCCUGUAAACCACACUGCCCUUAUAAAUAAUACAAAAAAGGAAAUAUAUGGUUCGUGCCAAGGUGCAUUUCAGCUGCAACACUCUUUCUAAUUACAGAAGAACCUUGAAUCAAUAAAAAUACUGUUAUGGUACUGUAUUUUGCAGGAAUUUGUACUGCAUAUCUAUAGGUUGUUUCGAGCGUGCUUUUGGAUACCACUGUUAUGAAGAAAACGUUUAUGCACGAAGGCCUUGUGCCUUAGACAGCUAUGCACCCUCAAGCAGAGUGCCUCUGACAAUUAGGAGCUGUAAUAAAAACGAAUAAUAAACUAUACCCUGAAACUAUCA